AUGGCUAAGAAACUUGCUACACUGAAACCUCCACUAUUCAUGGGGAAGGAAGAUCCCAUGUUGGUUGAGAACUGGGUACGUGACUUUGACAAGAUUUUUAAUGCUGCUGGUACCCCUGAUGCUCAGAAGAGACAGAAGUACAACGAGUUCAGUAGGUUUAACCAAACUGCUGGUAUGAGUGUGCAGGAGUAUGCUGAGAAAUUUAAUGAGUAUGCUAGGUUUUGUCCUAAUGUAGUGCCUGAUGAAAGAUCCAAGGCUCAGAAGUUUGAAGAUGGAUUGACUUUUAGGAUCCAAAAGAAGGUGAUUGGGGCUGGCACUGCUGCUACCUAUAAGGAGGCCUAUGAUAGAGCUUGUAAUAUCGAAAGGAUUUUGAAGCGUGAGCAGGAGGUUAAGGAUAGGCGCAAGAGGAAGGGGAAUGGUGAGAGCUCAUCAAACCAUCAAGGAUAUGAUAAGAGACCACGCCUCGGGGGUAAUAACAAUGGGAAUGGUGGAAAUGGUCAGCAGGGAGGCCAUAACAACAACAAUCGAAGCAAUAACCACCGGGGCCAGGGAUAA